AUGGAGGUCAAUAACUCAUCUACUGCAAAUGUUGUGAGUGGACCUGGUAUUACACAUCAUCAUCAUCAUCAAUCAUUAGAUCAAAAACACAAAUGGCAACAACAACAACAACAACAAUCCACAGACAACCCACCAAAGACACGGCUUCCUAUAAUAAACGCAGCUAAUACAGAUCCGCAGCUGAUGCUUAAAGCCUCCCCGUUGGAAUCGGAUCCUUCGAAAAGUCGAACUUGUGCCGAUACAUCAUCAUACAAAGAAGCAGUAACUUCAGGACCUGAUCACACACAGAAAUCAAAUGAUACGACAAAUAAUCCACCAAUACCAUCGUUGAAAUAUCAAAUGACACCAAGUGAUACACCAGUAGCAUCAAACCAACUCACUGGAAGAAAAGCUGCUCGAUCUUUGCGAAUAUUUAGAGAUAUAGGUCAAGAUGGGGUAGUGGUUGAAGAAGAAGUGUCAAACGAUAAUAAUCAAACAAAGUCCUCAUCCUUGGCUGAAAAGUUAGGUGCGAAGGAGACCGAACUAGAACCUGUAUCGUCAGCAACAUAUAUUCCCCAUACGCCAGCGACAUUGGAUAAUAACCGUGGUGCUAAUUUGGACGAGAUUGUGCCUCAUGGGAUACAAGAUUCUGUUUCGCCUGUCUUGGCUAUAAAGCCGCAACACUUGACUGCUAAUUUAGAGUUUGACCAUGGUCUUAAUGGCGAUAUCACCAAGAUAAUUUCCAUUUUGGAUAAGAACAAAGCGUCUGAGAAUGAUACGGAUAAACCAAAUGGCGAAGAUUGUGUUGGGUCACCAAUUAUUUCUCGAGUAUGCAGUCCUACAAAGGAACUCUAUGAGGCAGAUGUUGUCAAUGAGUACACCAAGCAAGCUGAAGGUAAAUCUGCAAAUAAUGCAAGCUCCCCUGAAUCCGAAACUGAGUUCCCAUUAGCUGUGGAAUUGAGACCAUUCAAGAAUAAAGUUGGUGGACAUACGGCCAUUUUCUCAUUUUCAAAAGAAGCGGUGUGCAAAGCGCUAGUAAAUAGAGAAAAUAUUUUCUAUGAAAGUAUAGAAAUUCAUCAUCCUGAGCUUUUGAAAUUUAUGCCAAGGUAUAUUGGCGUUUUAAAUGUGCGGUAUUCGAGUUUAAUUAAUGAACAUGUUGAUGCAGAGGAAAAUGGCACUAAAGAAGAUCAAAAGGUUGACGGUUUCCACAAGUUGCGUCGUAAAUCGGAAAACAUGCCACCGGAAGUUGUUCUUGAUGAUAAUAAACACAUUAUUCCUGAUACUUUGUGGAAACAUUAUUCAGGAUCUAUGCCCUCACCUAAAUCUUCAUUCAUGGAUAGUCCCAAACAAAGUCCAAUUCCAAGUUUAACCAAUUCACCUUCGCAACGACCAAAUCCUGGUUCUACUUUGGUCAAUACUGAACUACAGUUUCAAGUUUUGCAAGAAGUUUUUCAACCAUUGAGACUACAUGAUGAGUUUUUUGAAAUGGAUGAAGAUAGAGAACUAACGGAAAGCUUUACCCAGAAUCAUCAGCACCAACCGCACCAUUCGGUUUCCCAACCAAGCAAUGAAGUGCUACUUCGUAAACAUACGCGAUUUGAACGAUUUAUCUUACUCGAGGAUUUAACUUCGCGUAUGAAGAGACCUUGUGUUUUGGAUUUAAAAAUGGGUACAAGACAAUAUGGUGUUGAUGCAUCGUUUAAAAAACAACAAUCUCAAAGACAAAAGUGUUUAACAACAACAUCAAGAAAAUUAGGAGUACGGUUAUGUGGAUUACAAAUUUUCAAGUACAAUAAUCAAAGAAUAAUUAGGGAUAAAUAUUUUGGCAGGAGAAUUAAAAUUGGGUUGCAGUUUUGCAAAGUGCUUGCAAAAUUCUUAUACAAUGGGCAAGAUAUCCAUUCCAUUUUAUUCCGCAUCCCCCAUUUAGUCAAUCAGUUGCAAGCAUUGUAUCUGAUUUUUAAAAAGUUACCGGGCUAUCGCAUGUAUGGAUCACUGAUUCUCUUAAUGUAUGAAGGUGGGUCCAUAAAGCAAGAUCAACCAGCAAAUGUGAGAAUUAUUGAUUUUGCACAGCUGGUUAUAUCAGAAGAAGAACAAGAUCAUGUAAAUAUACCACCAUCACAUCCAACUCUGGUAGAUUAUGGUUACUUACGAGGUAUUCAUUCGUUGAUUUUCUAUUUUACGGCAAUAUUCCAAAUCUUGAGUAAAACAAAGAUUGAUGAUGUUGAACAGAUGCAGUCUUGGAUAGAAGAACAUAUACAUGAGUUGGAUGUUAAUUGUCCCUGGUUGGAUGAUUAUGCUGAAGUUGAGGGUGAAGUUGAUGGUGGAGUCAAUAAUAUUGAUGUUAAUGACCCGUUUAAUGUUGAUUUUACAAUUGAUGAAAAUGAUGAAAAUAUAUCUGAAUAG